AUGGAAAGAUCCAAUGACAGCUCUGAGUAUGGUUUUAUCUUAGUGGGCUUCUCUGAUCGUCCCAAGUUGGAGAUGGUGCUCUUCACAGUAAAUUUGAUUCUGUAUUCAGUGGCUGUGCUGGGAAAUUCAACCAUAAUCCUCCUAUGUAUAUUAGACUCUCGACUUCACACUCCAAUGUACUUCUUUCUGGCAAAUCUUUCCUUUCUAGAUCUCUGCUUCAGUACCAGCUGUAUCCCACAGAUGCUGGUUAACCUCUGGGGCCCUGAGAAGACUAUCAGCUAUGCCGGCUGUGUUGUCCAACUUUUCUCUUUUCUUUCCAUUGGAGGAAUCGAGUGCAUCCUUCUGGCUGUCAUGGCGUAUGACCGCUAUGCAGCAGUCUGCAAGCCCCUGCAUUACAUGGUUAUUAUGCAUCCCCAGCUGUGUUUGCAACUGGUGGCUGUGGCCUGGGGGAGUGGAUUGAUCAAUGCCGUUGUCAUGUCCCCACUAACAAUGACCCUCUCCAGAUGUGGUCGGCGACGAGUUAACCAUUUCCUCUGUGAAAUGCCAGCACUCAUCAAAAUGGCUUGUGUGGAUGCUCGUGCAGUGGAAAUGCUGGCUUUCACCUUUGCCAUUCUCAUUGUCCUGCUGCCCCUCACCCUUAUUCUUAUCUCCUAUGGCUAUAUUGCAGCAGCAGUGCUAAGAAUCAAAUCAGCUGCUGGGCGUCAGAAAGCCUUCAAUACCUGUAGCUCCCACCUCACUGUGGUCUUCUUGUUCUAUGGGAGCAUCAUCUAUAUGUAUAUGCAGCCAGGAAACAGCUCUUCUCAAGACCAAGGCAAGUUUCUCACCCUCUUCUACAACCUGGUAACUCCCAUGUUGAAUCCACUCAUCUAUACCUUAAGGAAUAAGGAGGUGAAAGGGGCACUGAAAAAGGUUUUGGGGAAGCAACAAUGA